AGCCUCUCUCUCUCUCUCCUCCCCUUGUACACUCACAAGUAGAGGGAGAAACUCAUUGAGCUCCACGAAGAGAGAGAGAGAGAGAGACGAGGACGAGGACGACGAUGGAGGGGGAGGCGACGAGGAUCAUGGUGGGGGUGAACGAGUCGUCGUUGAAGGGGUACCCCCACCCCUCCAUCAGCUCCCGCACCGCGUUCGAGUGGACCCUCGCGAAGAUCGUGCGAUCCAACGCGCCCGGGUUCAAGCUCCUCUUCCUCCACGUCCAGGUCCCCGAUGAGGACGCAUUUGAUGACAUGGACAGUAUCUAUGCGUCUCCUGAUGACUUCAAGAGAAUAAAUCACAGGGACAAGAUAAGAGGGCUUCACUUGCUGGAGUACUUUGUAAAUCGCUGUCACCAAAUUGGGUUGAACUGCGAAGCAUGGAUCAAAAGGGGUGACCCAAAGGAAGUUAUCUGCAGCGAGGUGAAGCGAGUCCACCCUGAUAUGUUGGUUCUCGGAUGUCGUGGCCUCGGACCUUUCCAAAGGGUUUUCGUGGGGACGGUCAGCGAGUUCUGUGCGAAGCACGCCGAUUGCCCCGUGAUCACCAUCAAACGCAAGGCCAAUGAAGCUCCACAAGAUCCCGUCGAUGAUUGAUCCUUCCACGAUGAUCAAAAUCAAGUCGUCGCUUACUCCGUAAUGUACAAAAAUAUAUCAUUUUUACCGCAAUGCUUCGAACUAGAAAAACAUGGAAAAGAAGGUAAAACAAAAAAAAAAUAAAACCGAACAAACUAAAACUAGUAGACAUGGACUCUGAAUGGGUUGGCGAUCGCUUGGUUGGUUAUGUGUAACCGUGCGAGGAACGGCAUAUACGACUUUUUAAGUUGUUUUUCUUUUUUUGGAAUUCGUUUUU